CGUAAGCUUCCUCGAAAGGCGGCGCAACUAGUUGGCCCCGACCAUUCGGCUACAAUCAUGGCGUCCGGCAGCACGGGAGGCAGACUGUCCUGCGGGAGAGAUCUGAACUGUGUGCCGGAGGUAGCUGACACUUUGGCCGUGGUCGCCAAACUUGGCAGGUUUGACUUCCUGUGCAUGCCCCUGUUCCACCCGAGGUUCAGGAGGGAGUCUGAACUCGAACCCGCGAAGUCCCGAUCCGGUGCUCCGACCCGCUCGGAUCUGUUGCUGUGUGGAAGAGAUUGGAACACUCUUAUUGUUGGGAAGCUUUCUCAAUGGAUCGACGCAGAUGCCGAAAUCGAGACAGAACGAAGGAACGCAGAGGCAGCCCUGACCCAGGAGCUCAACUUCUCAGCCUAUCUGGGUCUGCCUGUCUUCAUGAUUCCUCUGAGGGGCCCUCAUAAUGCCAACCUAGCCCGUCUGCUGCUAAACCACAUCCAAACUGGACAUCACACCUCAAAUUUCUGGAUACGUGUGCCGCUAAUGGCAUCCGAGGACAUGCGGGAAGACUUGAUUGAGAACGAACCGACCACUUCCAUCGAUGACUCAAGUGUUGAUGAGAAGACCUGGAGCUGGUGGCACUCGAUCAGAACCCUUUGUGACUACAACAAGAGGAUCUGUCUCGCUAUCGAAGUUGGAGCCGACAUGCCGUCAGACGCUGUGGUCGAUAAGUGGCUAGGGGAACCCAUCAAAGCUGCCAUACUUCCCACCAGCAUCUUCCUGACUAACAAGAAGGGCUUCCCUGUUCUGUCCAAAGCCCAUCAAAGAAUAAUCUUCCGUCUUUUCAAGUUGGAGGCCCAGUUCAUCUUCACAGGCACCAGUCGGCACACUGACAAGGAUUUCAGAUCUUACCUGCAGUACCUGGAAUACCUCAACCAGAACCGACCCGCACCAAACGCGUAUGAGCAAUUCGCCAAGGGCUACGAAGAUUACCUGCAGUCUCCUCUCCAGCCCCUCAUGGACAACCUGGAGUCUCAGACAUAUGAAGUGUUUGAGAAGGAUCCAAUUAAAUACUCACAAUACCAACAGGCUGUGUAUAAAUGUCUUCUUGACAGAGUUCCAGAGGAGCAGAAAGACACAAAUGUCCAGGUUUUGAUGGUACUGGGAGCGGGUCGGGGUCCGCUGGUCAAUGCGUCCCUGCGAGCUGCCAAACAGGCAGACAGGAAGCUGAAGGUGUACGCUGUGGAGAAGAAUCCCAACGCUGUAGUCACGCUGGAGAACUGGCGCUUUGAGGAGUGGGGUGAACAGGUGACCGUGGUGUCAUGUGACAUGCGAGAUUGGGCAGCACCUGAGAAAGCGGACAUCAUUGUCAGCGAGCUGCUCGGAUCGUUUGGCGACAAUGAACUCUCCCCUGAGUGCUUAGAUGGAGCGCAGCACUUUCUCAAAGACGGCGGCGUCAGCAUCCCCUGCUCCUACACGUCCUUCCUGGCUCCCCUGUCCUCCUCCAAGCUUUACAAUGAAGUACGCAACUGCCGGGAACGUGACAAGGACCCCGAGUGCCACUUUGAGACGCCCUACGUAGUGCGCCUCCAUAACUUCCACCAGUUGGCUGAGCCCAAACCGUGCUUCACCUUCAGACACCCCACAUCAGAUAUGAACAAUAACCGGUAUCAGUGCCUCAGAUUCUCAGUGGGUUGUAACACGGUGCUUCACGGCUUCGCUGGCUACUUUGAAACCACACUGUACAAAGAUGUCACACUCAGUAUAAAACCAGAAACUCAUUCACCCGGAAUGUUCUCCUGGUUCCCCAUCCUCUUCCCCCUCAAACAACCCAUCGCCGUAGCCAAGGAUGAUGAUGUCACGGUUAGAUUCUGGCGCUGCAACAACGGGAAGAAGGUGUGGUACGAAUGGGCCGUGACCGAACCCUCCUGCUCAGCCAUCCACAACCCAUCAGGACGCUCCUACACCAUCGGCCUGUAAAGAUGACAAAACCAGCACCCUCACCAAGCGUAUACUCAUUUGUGUUUCCGUACGACUCUGUGGCAGUUUAAGUUGGGCAGCCUGGUUCUUUUUUAUACGCGCGGUUAAAACCUGGACCUGAGCUGAGAGCCCUCUGUCAGUCUGGUCUGGGUUAUAAAACAACCAUUGGUAGCACCUUUUGAGCUAGAAGUGAAAAUAAAUUAUUGGUUAAACCAUA